CACUGCGCUGUGUGCACGCACUGAGUUGGCCUUAUCUGACUCUAUCUUUUUUUUAUCCGUUCUUUCGCUAACAGUUCAUCUUCUUCUUCUCCUAAGCAGAAGCAUCAAUGGCAUCCUCUUUACUCAAUUCAAUUCCACUCUCAUCUUCUUCUUAUCUCUGCACUCCUCACACAUGUUCACCAUUUCGUGCAUUUCCUGAAUCAAUUUCCCACUUUCACCAAAACAGGAACAACUUUUCCAUUAAAUCACAAACCCUAGACUUCUCUGGUUCUUUCUUUGAAGGUGGAUUUGGUUCGGGUGAUGACCCGGUUACUCCCGGAACCGGGUUCACUGCUGUGGAAGAGAAAGAAGAACCGCAAUGUCCACCUGGACUCAGACAGUACGAAACCAUGGUUGUUUUGAGGCCUGACAUGUCUGAGGAUGAGCGUCUUGCACUCACCCAGAAGUACGAGGAGCUUCUUGUUGCUGGAGGUGGCAUGUAUGUAGAGGUUUUUAACAGAGGUGUUAUUCCACUAGCAUAUAACAUCCAGAAGAAAAACAAGGAAGGAGAAACCAACACGUAUAUGGAUGGCAUCUACCUCCUAUUCACCUACUUCACGAAGCCUGAGUCCAUAACCGCCCUUGAGCAAACAUUAUUGAGGGAUGAUAAUGUUAUCCGAUCAACAAGCUUCAAAAUCAGAAAAAGGAAAUGUUAGUUUAUUUUGGCAUCUCCAGUAGCUCUGAAAAAAAGAAUGUAACAAUCAUCAUUUGUUGUUGUGGUAUGUUUUCUUUCAUUUUCAUAUGGAUUCAAGUAUUUUUGUAACAAGGUUGGAUUAAACUAAAAGAGAGAUGUAGGUGCUAUUACUGGCAGUCUGCAGAGUUAUAACACCUAGUACAAAGUGCUAUAUAUUAGCCAAUUUGCCAUUCGGUUGUUCA